UUGACUUCGACAAUCGAAUUGACUGACAAUCGAGUCGCAUUCGUCUGAAAUCCAAUUCGUGUUCUCUCUUGUUUGUGUUCCGUGACCGACGUUUUCGAAUUAGUUCGCUUAUGUCUUUGUGAUAAAGGAUUUUCAUUUUAUUUGAUAAAAAUGGCGUAUCGUGCAUUGCUGCGUAGAUACACCAAGGAAUUAAGUGUCAAUGGGAAUGAACGCUUUAUAAAAUUAUUCUCUACGGGUUCUAUAAAAUUAGAAAAAGAAGGAAGAAUAAAGGAAGAGGAUGAGUUAAAGUUACAAGCAGAAAAUGAUUUAUUUGCACCUAGCGAGAAACCUGCUGAAGUAACUAUCACGGUGCCAGUUGUAGAAGAUAUUGGAGCAGUAUCUGGAGUACCAGAUGAACAUAUUAAAACUCGUAUGGUUCGCAUUUAUCAACCUCCUAAAAAUUCUAUGCAAUCAGGUACCAAUAACAUUCAUUACUGGCAAAUCGAUUUCGACACGCGUGAACGUUGGGAAAAUCCAUUGAUAGGAUGGACUUCGACGGGAGAUCCAUUGUCAAAUAUGAAAGUUGAUUUUACGAGUAAAGAGGCAGCUAUCUUGCAUUGCGAAAGAAUGGGUUGGAAAUAUUAUAUUCAAAAGCCAAAUCGGGUUGAUCCAAAGCCUCGUUCUUACGGAUCUAACUUUGCAUGGAAUAAGCGUACCCGGGUUUCUACUAAGUGAUGCAAAGUGAUAAAUAAUAGAGGUACUAUCGUUAGUCAUUGAAGUAUGUAAAUAAUAAUAAUAAUAAUAUAAUUGUAUGUAUAAAGAUACUAUAAAUCGGUUGAAUAAACUGAUAAAAAGUA